CUCAGUUCUUACAAUACCGUUGUAGAGUUAGUGUCGUGUCUUACUUCAUUCGAACACUGAGUGUAAUAGAAAAUUAAAUUCAAGUAAACAUAUUCACUUGACUUAUAAUAGUAAAAGCUCGAACAAGUUCACUUCAUCAAACUAUAAUAUUUAUUAUUUUCACUAUUUAAGUAAACUAAUAGUUCAAUUAAGAAAUUUUACUUGAAAAUAUCCACGUUUUUCUCUCAGUGAACGAAUUUGAAAAUAAUUUUUCGGUUUUUGUUAAAUCAAAAUAAUUAUAUUAACGAAAUAAAUUCAAAAUGUCUUACACUGAUUCAACCGAAAAGUGCAUCGAGUUUCUCGCAUCUUUAGAGUUGCCACCGUAUCCGUCUUCACCUGAAAGCAUGAGAACGAGCCUGUCAGAGGAGUGGAAUUACAACCACCAAUCAAGUCGUAAUCAUUCACCUCUUUCCGAUGCUGUUAAUUCACCUCUUACUGAUGCUGUUAAUACGAACAAUACUUUGGAAGCAGCCAAUUCAAAUUCCGAGUUUUUGAAUCAACAAUCAUUUCAGCAUCAACAAUUAACAGAGCCAUUCAUCAACGGAGACAUUAACAAAAUACCAAAUGAAGAACUUCAGCAACAACAAGAUCGGUGUCUUGAAAAUGAAUCACCUUUACAAAAAGCAGAGCGAACUAGUACACAAAACAAGAACCAACAAAGACAAGCACGAACUGCAUUUACUACGGAGCAGCUCAAUGAGCUUGAAAAAAUUUUCUGUACAAACAAUUACUUAUGCCGUACAACUAGAAUUCAGACUGCGUCUAAAUUGAAACUCACCGAAAGACAGGUCAAGGUAUGGUUUCAGAAUCGUAGAAUGAAGGAGAAAAAAACUACCUCAAGUAAAGUCGAUACAAACGACAAGAACAAUUUAAAUCCUCCGAAGAAUGGAAGAAAUCAGUUACUUGCCGCUGAAUACGUUCAGCGUAGACAAAUGAACCCACCUGGAUUAGGUUCAACUAUACAUUACCAUCAUUCGCCACCAAACCAAGAUAUGGGUUUUAAAAACGACGGUAACUACUGGACGAAUGGUACCAACUACCAACCGGCAUACAGCGGAAGUAUGCAAAAUGCUACCACUUAUACUGAAUCUUCUGAGGCCCAAAUGUAUAAUAACAACAUUAAUAAUUAUUAUUCACCCGUCAAUGGGUUCUAUAAUAAUAAUAAUAAUCACUAUACCGGUUAUUAUGUAAACCCUGUUGACUACAUAGAUUAUAACUAUAAAGAACACACUACUGUCACUGGCUAUCCGGCUAAUAACAGUAACUGUUAUACAUACCGAGUAAUUCCUAAAUCAGAGCAAACCUUAAGCUCUGUCCCAGGAAUUACACCAUCGAAUGAGUUAAACAACAAUAUCAAUAGUUGCAAUUAUUCAAGCACUACCCAUAAUCACUAUUAA